CAGGCAUGUCUGAGGGUUCAUGAAGCAUUCUACAUAUUGCCCGCACAACAAAUAGACCUUUUCGCCGACCACAACUUCUGGAUUUCACAAUAUUGCGCGACGAGAUCAAUCACAAUCAUGGCCGACCGAUUCCCUUCAUUAGACGACUUCGACGCUGGUCAAACAUCAGCCCCAGGCACAUCAGCAAACGCUGUCGACUCAGAUGCUCCUUCCGACUUCCUCGCACGUGAACGCGCUGCAUUGGGCGACGAUGCACAACAAUUCGCCAGCUCCACAGACGCAAACCUCGCUUCAGUCGCUGACGCCGACGAUGACGAUGAUGACCUCCUGGGUGCAGGCGCAAGCAGCGGAGCCAAUGCAAUGGGCGAUUUCGAGUCAUCAUUUCCCGCGAUAGACACAGCCAAUGAGGCUGUCGCUCCUGGAGGCACAAUCACAGGCUCCACCCUCCCAUACCGUGCGCCCGAUGCUUCCACAUACCAAGACACUUACGAAGAGGAACCCGAGGUACUGCGAGCGUGGCGCGAACGACGCGAUCUCCAGAUCCAGCACCGUGACGAGGUCUCAGCGUCAAAGAAGGCUGAGACUGUCAAGGCGGCUCAGGAGGCCAUUGAUGAAUUCUACGAGAACUACAACAACCGCAAGGACAAGCAGAUUGCACAGACCCGGAAAGAGGCCGAAGAGUUCUUGAAGAACCGUGAAGAUACGACGAGCGGAGGCACAAGUUGGGAGCGGAGCGCGAAGCUAGUCGACCUGAGCGGGAAGGGGACAGCGGGUGGUGCAGCAGGAAGUGGCAAGGCCAAGAUGCGGGAGAUUCUAUUGAGCUUACGAAAGGAUGAGAAGGCUCCUGGUGCUACCGGUUACUAG